GUUUUUCGGCUCCUAGAAUAUCUUCUUUUUCUGCUGGAAACAGCUGGAAUGAAGUUAGCCCACUAGACAUGGAAACCAAGCCGUUCCUAUCUCUGGGGUUCCUGAAGCCCCAGUGCUCUCUGGGAUCACCGUCUCAGCGGAGCCGGUCCGGCCCGACCUGCAGCUCGCCCAGCUGCUGCUUCACGGGCAUGUGUCCGGUCCACCAGCGCCGGCUGUCCUCAGAUGCUUCACCCCUCAGCUCGCCCACAGACCUCCGGGGGAUGGACAUGCCCUCCCUGCAGCCGUCCCUGCUCAGCCCCAACUCCUCGCCGUUCGGCCAGCUGGGCCCCCCCCUCAACGGCCUGGGCUCGCCGUUCUCCAUCAUCAGCGGCCCCGGGGGGCACCACGGCAUACCCGGCAUGGGCUACGGCCACUGCGGCAGCCCGCAGCUCAGCUCCCCGAUGAACUCCGUGAGCAGCUCAGAGGACAUCAAGCCUCCCCUGGGCCUGAACGGGAUGAUGAAGAUCCCUGCCCCGCCCUCCAGCUGCCCCCUCUCCCUCACCAAACACAUCUGUGCCAUCUGCGGCGACCGCUCGUCAGGUAAACACUACGGGGUGUACAGUUGUGAAGGCUGUAAGGGCUUCUUUAAGAGGACGGUGAGGAAGGACCUGAGCUACACGUGCAGGGACAGUAAGGUCUGUCUGAUCGACAAGCGCCAGAGGAACCGCUGCCAGUACUGCCGCUACCAGAAGUGUCUGGCCAUGGGCAUGAAGAGAGAAGCGGUGCAGGAGGAGAGGCAGCGGGGGAAGGACCGGGGCGAUGGCGAGGUGGACUCCAGCUGCAGCGUUAACGAGGACAUGCCGGUGGAGAAGAUCCUGGAGGCCGAGCUCGCCAUGGAACCCAAGACAGAGACCUACACCGAGGGCAACCUGGGGGCCCCUCCCAGCUCACCUAAUGACCCCGUUACCAACAUUUGCCAAGCGGCCGACAAGCAGCUGUUCACCCUGGUGGAGUGGGCCAAGAGAGUGCCGCACUUUUCACAGCUACUGCUGGACGAUCAGGUUAUCCUGCUACGAGCAGGGUGGAACGAGCUCCUCAUCGCGUCGUUCUCGCACCGCUCGAUAACGGUGAAGGACGGUAUUCUGCUCGCCACCGGCCUCCACGUCCACCGGAACAGCGCCCACAGUGCGGGGGUGGGAGCCAUUUUCGACAGAGUCCUAACAGAGCUUGUGUCAAAGAUGCGAGACAUGCAGAUGGACAAGACAGAGCUUGGGUGUCUACGAGCCAUCGUCCUCUUCAACCCAGACUCAAAAGGCUUGUCAAACCCCGGUGAGGUGGAGGCACUGAGGGAACGGGUGUAUGCUUCACUGGAGGCCUACUGCAAACACAAAUACCCCCAACAGCCUGGAAGAUUUGCCAAAUUAUUGCUACGUUUACCAGCUCUGCGGUCCAUUGGCCUGAAGUGCCUGGAACACCUGUUCUUCUUCAAGCUGAUAGGAGACACGCCAAUAGACACCUUCCUCAUGGAAAUGCUGGAAGCGCCACACCAAAUGACCUAAGUAUGAGGGGGGCCUAACUUGAAGACCCUCCACUUCGCGAGAGGCUGAUGGCAUCACACCGACAGUGACAAUCAAAGCUGGACCUCCAUCAUCAGUUCCUCACACAAUUCUCUGGGCCUGUUUUCUAUGGUGUGUGUGUCUAUGGAUGCACGUGAAUGAAUGUAUGUCUAUGUGCAUGUAUACACAACCGUUCAAAGGUUUGGGGUCACCUUGUCUUUUUCAAAAUGUAUAAAAAUACCCUUCAAUAAAAAGCUGAGAAUCUGCGCUUUGACCACGUAUUAAUUGUUUGAUUACAAACGAAGAAAAGAAAAUAUUAAAUCAGAAAAAGCAGAAAACAACAAGGUGACCCCAAACUUUUGAAUGGGAAUGUCUGUAUAUAUACUCAGUCAGCACUUUAUUAGGGAUGUAUUAGACUUAUUUUUUAGACUUAGUCUUCUGCUGCUGUAGCCUAUCCAUUUAGAGGUUUGACAGGUUGUGUAUUCAGAGAUGCUUUUCUGCAUACCACUGUUGUAAUGCCUAGUUAUUUGCAUUACUGUCACCUUCCUGUCAGCUUCGACCAGUCUGGCCAUUCUCCUCUGACCUCUCUCAUUAACAGCAUGUUUCUAUCUGCAGAACUGCUGCUCACUGGAUGUCUUUUCGCACCAU